CAAAAUCAUAAAAGUUCGAUGUUUUGUUAUUAUUUCUUUUUUAUAAUUUCAUUUUUAUUUUAGAAUAUAUUUUACAUUUCUUUUACAAUAUGUUAAUAUCGUUUCUUUUGUGUAAUAUUUUGUGGAUUCCGUAUAUAUUCGGAAAUAGCAUAACUUCGGAGACCCCUAGAGACAAAUCAAGUAAAAGUGUCUUGCAAGAAUCUCAUUACGAAGAUUACAACAAAACAAAUUUAAAUUUAGUAAGUGAAGGUGGAUCUUUAUUACCUAAUGCAGUUGUUGAUAUUAUACAUUUGCCGAAAGAUAAGCACAACAUUCUUUUGAGUUUAGAUAAUGAAAUAGGUAAAAAUAAAGAAAAAUCUGUAGUAGCACGAAAGGGAGUAGUUUACAGUUCUAUAGAAGAUACUCAAGUUCCUGCAAAUCAUACGAAAAUAGAAAAAAAUAAUGCCACGGGUCAUAAAGAGCUGGAUAUUUCAAAAGAUAUUAUUAAACCUAAUAAAAUCAAUGCACCACCAGUGACGAGUCAAAAAACUAUAAACAACAUUGUUCCCAAAGAUGACUCUAAUGAUAAAAAUAAGACUGAAACUCCUAAAAAACCACUGGUAUUAUCUAAUGAAGCAUUGGAUCAAAUAACUUUAACAGAUUUUGAAACAUCUUAUCCUAAAGAUGGCCAUAAAGUUAAAGUCCCAAGGAAUCCUAACAGCCAUCCCGGCAUGAUCAUGCCAAUUGUUAUUACAAUAUUAGUAGUACCAAUGUUUGCUGUUGUUGGGUAUCUUGCAAUAAAGAGAGGUCAGGAAGCUUGGAAGAACAGACAUUACAAGAGAAUGGAUUUCCUACUUGAUGGAAUGUAUAAUGACUAGUUUUCUUUCUAUAAUGAAUUGAAAUCCUACAUUAUAUGAUUUCAAUGUAAAUUUUUCCGUUUUCAAAUAUUGUGUGCAAAUUGAGUACCAAUAUUUCCAUUUUAAAAAACCAAAUAAUUUAAAUGGGUAGGUAAUGAAAUUUAUAAUAUACAGUAAUUUCUUCAAUUUAUAGUCUCUAGUUUGGCAUGUUAAAUUCAAAUUUCAGGAAAUAGUUCAGUAUUAAUUGUGAUUUAAUGUUAUAUAUUAAGGGAUAAAUUUAUAAAGUAUGAAUUAAUUGUAUGUAUAUGGAGCAAUAAUUAUUGACAAGGGUGGCUAAUCAUUGUGAUGACAUAAGUUUUUGCUAAUCAUAGGACAUACAGAUGUAACAUGCAUAGGAGCCAAUAAGGUGCCUUAUUUUGAAAUGAUAUGAUAUAUUUUUGAUAAACAUUAUUACUUAAAAUGUCUUCCUGUAAACUAAGAUAUAUAAUGAUGUUGUGAUAUACUCAGAUUUUAAUAUGUUACUAAUUAUUAUAAUUAUAUACAAUAUUAUUUGAUA